UUAAACGUGAAAUGAGAAAGAAAAAACACCUGUCGUUACAGCCACAUGACGAUGAAAACAUGUCCCAGAAGGUUCUGUUCAUUAAGCUGCUGUUGCUGCAUUACACAACCCAGAGUCAGUUUGAAAUGAAUGCAGACUGCAAUACAAAUGUUUCAGUGAAGUGCCCAGGUGUUGACUUGGGUAAAAAGGAUUUCAUCUCUUUGGCAUGGUACAAGUUCAACAACAAGGAAAAAGUUGGCAUCAUCAGGAAGGGUAAACAGAACAGCAUACAGGACUACGACUUCCCUCGAUCACCCAAACCUGAGUUUGGGGAGCAAUACAGUCUGUUCCUUGCCCGGGCUACACCUAACGACUCGGGCAUCUACGAGUGUGACAUCAGUGCAAAUGUAGGGGGUCAAAAUCUGAAUCUCAAAGUCAACCUAACAGUUCAAGCAUGUGUGAUCCAGACUGACCUGACGACAGUGUCAACAAUGACAACUGUGUCUACCACAAGUCAGCUCAACCUGACCUGCAGCAGUCAAGGGGAGGACCUGCCAGUCAUGUGGAGCAUCCUAGGCUAUGUGGCAGUGGGCCUCGCCAAAAUCAUUUUUUCUCUGAUCAGCAUUCGGGUUAUUCAAGCUGUCCGUAUGAGGUCUUCAAGACGACGGCGGCAUAGGUGGUGAAGCUGAUGUGAGAUCAUGUAAAUAGUCACACAAAUCUCCUAAAUCUGCAUGUACAAGUGAUUGUAUUUGCGCAUUUCUUCUUAUUUAUUGGCCUUUACUUGUUUUUUAAAGAUAUCUUUUUUUAUAUUUCCAGUAAAUUGUCUUUCGGUUUGUUUAAAAUGUGUCACUGUGUUGAAUCAAACCACUUGUUGUGUUUUUUAUAGUGAUAAAAGAGGUCACCUUAACCAGAAACGUUUGAAACCAUAAACUACACAGGAACAGACAUGAGAAGAUGUAAUGCUUCUUUAGAAAAACCACCAAACUCACCAUGCACACACUGCUACAGCUGUAAACCACAUAUGUUGUAGCGUAUGACAGAAAAGAAUAGAAUAGAAUAGCUCUUCAUUGUCCACCAGGGCGGAAAUUUGUCUUCGGCCCACCAGAAACAAGAAACGGAUGUGCAAUUUAUAAAACAAGCAAAUAGACAAGAUCAUUAAAAACACUUUAAUCCUGAAUUUAUCUGGAAAUCACUUUGUGUCAUAAUUAAAACUGUCACCAUAUUCUAAAAGAAGUACAUGUGACAGACAGUUUGUAAAAAAAAAUCACCUCCCUCUUACCAGCAGUGACUCUAAUGGCAUUUAAACAGGAGAGACAGAUGAAUAAAGCAAGGAUAAAGUUUAAUACAGAACAUGGGUGAACAGGUUAACUGAUGAUUUGAGCUGAUUAAGAUUUAACAGAAAAACGUUGGCGCUUGGACACCAGAGGGAGACUUUUUCUGAUCAAGGGACAUCUGAAUGUCAGCAAGAACAAUCCCGAAACUCGUAGUGGUGGUGGUGGCGACUGAUGACUCUGAGGUUGAUGACUGGUGGGGCAGAUGAGGCUGAUUAAUCUGUGAAGAUUAUGCAGUGAUGGGGAGGAUGAGGGUGCCCACGACUGCAGCAUGGAGGAACUACAGGCAGAAAAAAAAACUUAUUUAAAAUGAGAAGCACUAAGAUGAUAA